UCAAUUUGUAGAUGGAGAGGAUGAAAUGGACUUUUUGGGUAACGACUACAAGUCCCUCAGAGCGAAGAUGUCCUGCGGUCACGCCGUCACUCCGAUGUCUCUGACCGACUGGUGUGGCUGGUUGUUGGAACAGGGUGAAUGCAGAUUCGAGUGUGGUAACUGUGAUCGUGAGUGGUCCUUUGAGGAAGUUUGUAAGAUGGCUCUUCUGACUCCAGAAGAAGUGGAAGAAUUUGAGAAGAAAAUAUUCCUUAAUGCUGCCAAGGAUUUCUUGGACAUCAAAGAAUGUCCUGGUUGCAAUUCUCGUGUGGUGAGAAAUGACCUCUCCAAUCUGAAUGUAGAGUGCUCGGUGUGCACAGCCAGCAAGAGAAGGACUUAUAGGUUCUGCUGGCAGUGUCUGAGGGAAUGGAAAGGUCCGGCUCCUCGCUCAGACCGCUGUGACAAUGACGGCUGCCCAGAUCCUUUGAACACAUUGAAAAACUGUCCAGAUAUCGUCUUUGAGGAUGUGAAGGGCGUCAACGGCUGUCCCUGCAUCCGAGCCUGUCCCACCUGUGGUAUGCUGGUGGAGCAUAAUAAAACUCAGUGUAAAAGCGUGAUCUGUCAUCGAUGUAGGGUGAAAUUUUGUUUUGUGUGCCUGAAGAUCACUAAAGAGUGUCUGAAAAUAAAUCCGUACAGUCCUUGCCCAACUGGUGUGGCACCCAGGCAGACCUCCAUACCUGUGUGGGAGAGGACAUAAUUCUGUUUAUUUUACACUCUGAACUAAUCAAAACACAACUUCUUUUCUUUUUCUUUUCUUGAGUUUUUUGGAAAAUGUUCUUCAUGUUGUCAAUAUCAUAACUGUUUUUACUCAGAGAGGAGCUCAACCCAACCAACUUUUAUAAACAGAGUCUGAGAUAUUUUUGCACUUACAUCCUUCUUUGUAAAACUGAAACACUGACAUCAAGUAUUUCUUCUUCAAAGUUUCACUUUGAAACUUGGUUCAUUGUCAUUUGUUAAGAACGAUUUUUACGAUAUUUAUUCAAUCUGUUCAUUUCAAAUGCUAUUUUAUUGUUUACAUUUUUUGGUAGAUUUUUUUUUUUUUUUUUUCCGAACCUGACAUUGAUGUUUUUCCUGUAAAAUGAAAUGAAAACUAAAGAAAAACAUUGUUGGUUUGUAUCUCCAUGUGCCGAACAAGAUGGUUUGGAAGACUGGAAGUUUUUUUUAUAGUUACUGGGUUCCUAUUCCAUUAUCUGGACAUUUCAGGGAGGAUGAUGUAAUGCCUUUUGCAUCAAUCAGUGGCUCAAAUCUUAUGUGAAUUUAUGUCAAAGCAAACUAUACUGGAUAAAGUAUGUGACACAUCUGUGUAAUUAAACUUCAUUAAUGGAUGCUCAUAUAUGGACACCCACCCUAUA